AUGGCGAAGACAGCCAAGGUCAAGAAGCGUCAAGUAACAGUUCACUCUCGCGCCGCCCGCCGCGCAGAAUCUCCUUCAAUCAACCUCGACAAAUCCGCCAAACCUGCGAAUAACACCCGCGACUCGGCUUCGCCCUCGCGGCCGUCAAAAAUAAAUCCACAUGCUCUAGCCGCAAAAGAUGCUGGAAUUCAAAAGAAGCAGAAGAAGGGCACUAUGAGCCGCGCACAAAGGCUACGGCAACAAAAGACCCUCGAACGUGCAGCCGACAACAUGGAUAAGCUAGAACUAAAAAGGAUGAAAAGUCUGGGUAGCGAGAAAAAGAUCAAAGAGAGAGCAAAGGGGUGGGAGGAUGUGAAUGGAGUCAGUGUGAAGAAGAGUAAGAAGAGUGCUAAUGCAUUCGAAGAACUGGACGACGAGGACACAGAGGAGAAGAGACAGGAGAGGGAGUGGGUGAGUGAUGACGAGAUGGAUGGAAAUGAUUUGGCGGCGCCUAAAGAUGCAGCGAACAUUCCAGGUGGAGUCAAGGGCGAGGGAAAACCGACAGAAGCCAUCGUGCCUACGAGCGCACCGUUGCCUGUUGAAGAAGACGAGCUUCUCUAG